AUGGCGCCAACAACCCACGACGCAGCAAUAGACGCCCGCUCCCACUCCGCCCUCAAAACAACAAAGCAAUCCCUCGCCUACCUCCUAAACCCCACCUCCCCCACCGCCCCCACAAAACGCCGCACCCGCGCCCUGCUCCGCGUCUUCCGCUCGAGCCUGAUCUUCGUCUUCUGGCGGGUAGUGCGGUAUGCGAAGUACGUUGCCGUGGGCAGUCUGGUUGCGACGCUGGGGGCCGGCGCGUUUGGCACGUUUGUGAGUGGUGCGGGGUUUGUGUUGGCGCCGACGGGGAUACUGGGUACGGUGGUUGCGGCGAGUGUUUGGGGGAGAUGUAUGGACACAAGGAAGAGAUGA